UUCCUCGCUCCAGGACCUUCAACACCUCUUUCUUUGAAAGUCCAGAUUUCCGCUUCCUAGCCAUUGCCACUGCUUCUCUGAAGAAGAGGAAGAAUGGGGUUGGUAAAGUCAGCAAUAGGAGACGCCAUUCUAACCUCAGUCUGGGUUUUUAGCGUCCCAACUCUCAGAAUCCUCACUUCCGAAGUCGCCUCCUUCCUUAACCUCCACCCUUCUUCACUGGCAGGCCUCUUCAUCACCACCGUCAUCUCCACCAUUCUCGUCUUCACUAUCAGUCUCAUCGGCAGAAUCCUCGGCGGCGCUAGCUUCAACCCCUCCACCACCGUCUCCUUUUAUGCCGCCGGCCUCCGACCCGACUCCUCUCUGACCUCCAUGGCCGUCCGAUUUCCUGCUCAGGCAGCAGGUGGUGUCGCCGGAGCUCAUGCUAUUCUGCACCUGAUCCCCACCCAGUACAAAUCCAUGCUUAAAGGUCCUUACUUGAAGGUGGAUUUGCAUACUGGGGCCAUGGCAGAGGGCGCGCUGACUUUUGCUCUCAACUUGGCUAUUCUUAUUUUUCUUAAAGGUCCUAAGAACCCUCUUUUGAAGGUGUAUUUGGUUUCUGUGACCACGGUCUCUCUUGUUAUUCCUGGUUCUGCGUACACAGGACCUUCAAUGAACCCAGCUAAUGCAUUUGGAUGGGCUUACAUCAAUAAUAGGCACAACACUUGGGAGCAGUUUUAUGUUUAUUGGAUAUGUCCUUUCAUUGGGGCUACUCUGGCUGCUUCCGUCUAUCGAUUUCUCUUUACGUCACCGGCCAAGCGGAAGAAAGCCUGAAUGGUACAAUUU